UUACCAUCUGUGACAAAAGGCCUAUGUGGGGUCAUCAGUGGAGGGUUUUGGAAUGGGCCUUAUAAUACACUGAAAUCCCGCUACAGAUCGAUACGAUAGAUGGUAUGUAAAUACCCCGGCCAAGGUACAUUGUACAUCACGGCCGGAUUUGGGGAUUUUCCUUGCAACUGGUGUGUCCUUGGAACUCCAUGGUUUUGUGCAAUACCAACCGGUUUGCCGAACCGGUCACUUACACCAUGGAGAAAUAACCGAGAAAAGGACUCAUACUCUGACGUGUCCCGUUGAAGUUUAUAAACUACGAGAAUCAUCUUUGGUCAUGUUUUAUACAUGUACACAACUUGAUGAGGACAACAGUUUCUGCAGAAUUGAAACUCAACAUUGUAACGGGACGGAUUGAAAUCAACUCCGAUAUCUCAGUCUCGUCUAUGGUAACACCAUUCCAAGGACUGGUUCUGCGGUGUUGGGCCGAUCGUUCCCGGCCGUCAUUAGAGCCGGUUGCUGGGUACCGUGUGAGUCUCAAAUGUUCACUCUCUGUUUGAUCAGGGAAAGUUGACGAAUACUUCAGCUCGGCGUGGCCUGUAUGGGUUGUUUGCUGACAGAUUAUACUUUGCCAAGCUUCGAGAUUGAUGAGUGGUUGAAGCUGCUUAGAUCCCGGGGGCAGAAGGAGAGUCAUUGCAUUAUUGUCGGGCAUGAUGCCGACUGGCAUUCUGUUUGUGGAUAGGAAAGGACUAUCCGUUGUGGACUCACAAAGGAAUUACUUCAGUCCAACCUUUAUGGAUGAUCAUUUGUAACAUAACCGGAGUUCAUCAAGCACGCAGUUUCUCGUAACUGUCAUCUGUCAACUUGGCAAAUCGAGAACUCUGGAAUUUUGGAAGACACUCCGUCCGUUCUUUCCCUAAAAAGGGCAAAAGUGAAAAUGAUGUGUACAUGUAACUGCAGCUCAUGCUUCAUCGGCUGUUGAAGAAUUAUCUCAAAGGGCCUACACAAUUGCUUUCAAAAUGGUUCUAUAGCCCUUGGAUAAUAUAUCGUUUAUGUUAACAAUAGCCUUAUUUUGGAGUCAAACGGGAGGUGUGAAAUUUCCCUGCUUUAUUGUGUGUGCAGACUGCUUUACUCGUCAUCAAUACCGAUCAAAGGGAAAAUUAUACACCUACGUCGAAAACGGAACUGAAGCUGUGAAACCUUUUCACUGUCACCGUACGUCAACACAGCGGACCGCCAAAAAGAUUGUAUGAAUAUACUUCUCCUUCAGAUGCCGUAUAGCCAUGUAGUGGUAUGACUGUUUUGACAACUUAAAACUUAGCCAACAUGAUUUGAAACCGAUUGUCACUCUGAAAAGUUUUAACUCCCAAUUUGGCAAAACAAUCAUCUGCGCAUUAUUCAUCUAAACAACUCCAGACAAAACUUAGCUGAACUCAUAUUCUUCGUAUUCAGACUACCUUGAACAAUAUCAAUAACAUUUUUCAGCUAUUUGUAGUUCUGAAAAGUGUGUAAUUUCAAAAUGGCAAAACAGUAUAGUGAUCGGGCCACAUCGGCCGGCUAUCGGCUUCCCAUUCCCCGUGUUUCCAGUGCCUACCACAAGAAGUGCAUACCAGCAGAGAAGGAACGACCGUCAGGGAGCCGCUCUGCCCCGCCGCCGGUUACCAAGAAUUACACGGAGGUUGACUACCGAGAGUGCGACCAUGUGACCGGCGACCGGAUCUGGCGUGAGUCGGUGGGUCGGGAGCAGAACGGUGUUAAGAAGUGGGAGGAAGGUUGGGGUUUCCUGAAAGACUAUGACCAAAAGGGGAACCUGAAGGAGAAAGAAGAGCUUCCUGAUAAUCUGACUCGGUUUUCCAACAAGAUUCCUAACACCGGGAACCAGGUGCUGGGUCACCGGCAAGCCACCGGGGCAGCCACGGCGAUGGUCAAACUCCAACAUCAGCUCAGUAUUGGACAUCAGAAAAAACACCACAAAGAACUCGUGUACGGGGCUGAUUGAUGUGUGGAGACAUCACGGCCGCCAUCUUGAGUGAACUCGUGUAUGGGGCUGAUUGAUGUGUGGAGACAUCACGGCCGCCAUCUUGAGUGGAACAUUGUUGAUGCUGCCAUAUAUUGCGACAAUCCUAUAAUUGGUGCAAAUACCAGGCAUGAGAUUUUUCAGACUUUUGCCUGAAAUCAGACCUUUGAAUGUGAGAGAAAUACAUAGGUACAGAAAAAAUGCAUCUUUCAGACUUUCAUCCAGUUUCCAGACUUGUUUUUAAUUAACAAUCUCUCAAAGUAUACUCUGUAAAGACGGCACUAGUCAAAGAAUGCAAUCAAGUCAUCCAGAUAUUAUUCCAUUUAAAGGGCAAGAUGUAUUUUAAAUAUACAUGUACUUCGUCAACUGUUUGUGUUUACAUGGUGUGAUGUCAAUGCAGCUAGUCGCAAGCCUGGCUAAAUGCUGCCGAUAUAUUUCUGAUUCUAUAGUGCCAAUCCUUGGCUUUUCUGGAAAACCUCUGGAAAAGCAUUAUUGUUGUAAGCAUUAUAUUUUGUUGGAAUAGAAACGUUCCGUGUGGAAGCCGCCAGUUUAAAUUAGCUUAGGCCUACUAACAAGCUGAAAAUAAUCAUCCUGAUAUAACAAGAGUAAAAGUGGAGUAAAAACCUGCGAUUUAUGUCAACCCAAAUAUACGAUUUAUGUCAGUAGCUUUUCUACGGAGACGGCACAUAGGUUGAUUUGAACCAUCCAGAACUGACAAAAAUAAAAAUAUUGAGCUAUAGUUUAAAGUUACCAGCGGUAUUUAAUGGCGAUUAUGGCUUUAGCCAUGCAGGUGGUAAGGCCAUAUCGCCUGAUGGUUCAGCCCAAAACAUAAACCUAUCGGUUAUAGUUCAGCCCAAAACAUAAACGUUUACCUGCAUAAAAUUAUCUGAUACGAUACAUGCACCAAAAAGCCAAGGCGUCAUGUCUCAGAAUAACAUAGACAUGAAAAAAAAAAGACAUUUAUCGUUCGAAUCAUAAUUUUAUACAGUUUGUAUGUAUUCUAUAUUAUGAAGCCAUGUGUACAUUAACGUCGUAUACAAUCAUGUACAAUAAUUUUAUGUAGGCCUAAAUUGUAAAAACACAAUCCACAAAUAUAUUAUACAUGUAGCCGUUUCUCAUUUCCAGCCAAUUUGUUUUUAUGUACGUAUUGUUAGCAUCAGAGUAAUACGAGUGAUGCACUACGGACAUUGAAUUUUCAUCAUUUUGGACUUUGGAUCCACAUAGCAUGGAGCGAUCAUGAUCAUUAUCAUUUCAGGGGAGCAGUGCUGUUUCGCCAGAAAGCCUAUGUACAUGUAAAUGUACAAAAAAAAAAAAUUCUGAUAUGUGAAUGUAUACUGUAGAAUAAUAAAGGAAAUACAGUACAUGUACAUCAAACAAUACUACGGUUAUUAUACGGUCAGCAUUACUGAUGUAGACUGUGCCACAUACCCCAAUCCUUACAGUAUUCCUGCUGUCUUAAGAUUUGAUUAAAGAGCAGUUGAACGUUUUGCUUGUUUGUUGUUAACAUU